AUGAAUCCACCAUCUAAUAACCACACCAUCGAACCCAGAGACUUGGGCAAUUCAAGUGCCAAUUUCAACGGAAUUAACUCACUCCAGAGUAAGGUGUCAUCCGAGGCAAAGUUUCAACAUAUUUUGCAUAGCCCAGUUAUGACAGAGCCAUCAACUACAUUAAUAAGCCAAGUAGGUCAUAAGUUCCCGGAGGUAUUUCGACUGAGACAAGGAAGUUACGGAGAUCUUCCUUCAGCAAAAAUUUCAGAAUUGAUGAAAUCAACUAGUUUGGAUAAUGCUCCUACCCAAUCACUUUUGAGUGUAGUGAAUGGCAUCUUGGAAGAAAGUGUUGAAAGAAGAAAUGGUGAAAUACCCCAUCGUGUGGCUUGCUUAUUGAGAAAAGUUGUACAAGAGAUUGAACGACGUAUAUCAACUCAAGCAGCACAUCUAAAAACUCAAAAUAACCUUUUUAAGGCGCGUGAAGAAAAAUAUCACUCAAGAAUCAAAAUACUUGAGGCCCUUACAUUUGGAACCAAGGAAGAGAGUGAGGUUGGAAGGACUAAAAAAGAAGACAAGAAGAUGGAAAAUGAUAAAGAUGUUAUUAGAUAUACUAAAGAUAUAGAGGACAAAAAUAUGGAAAUUUCAACAUUAAAGCAAGAACUAGAAACAAUGAGAAAAACCUAUGAAGUACAACUCUCACAGUUGGAAGCAAAAGCUGAGGCAGAAAAGAAAGUAGAUGACAAAGAGAUUAUUAAAUAUGUUAAAGAGUUGGAGGACAAAAAUAUGGAAGUUUUGACGUUAAAGAAAAAUUUAGAAACAAUGAAAAAAACAUAUGAAAUACAAUGUUCACAGUUGGAAGCAAAAACUGAGAAGGAAAAAAUGGCAGAUGACAAAGGGGUUAUUAAAUAUAUUAAAGAGUUGGAGGACAAAAAUGUAGAAAUUUUAGCAUUUAAGCAGGAACUAGAAACAUUGAAAAAAACAUAUGAAGUAAAAUGCUCACAAUUGGAAGCAAAAGUUAACGAGAAAGAAAAUGUAGAUGACAAAGAGAUUAUUAAAUAUAUUAAAGAGUUGGAGGACAAAAAUGUAGAAAUUUCAACAUUUAAGCAGGAACUAGAAACAACGAAAAAAACAUAUGAAGUAAAAUGCUCACAGUUGGAAGCAAAAGUUGAGGAUGCUAAAGAGGAAUUGAAACAUAAAUCACAAGAAUAUGAACAUUUGUUGGAAAAACUAAGAAAUGAGGUUAAAGAGAAUGAAGUCAUUUCUGAGUCAAAGUAUCAAAAGUGGAUCAUGAAAGAGAACGAGAUACGAAAAGCUGUGAAUUUUCAAUUUAGUUCCAUACAGAAAUUGAAACUGUCAUGGGAAUCCAUUAAGCAAGAUGCUAUGAAAGAGCAAAAGAUUUAUUCUGAGGAAUGUAAUCUAUUAGGUAUAAAUCUUAAAUCACUAGUAGAUGCAGCUGAGAGUUAUCAAAUAGUUCUUGCAGAAAAUCGAAAAUUGUUCAAUGAAGUUCAAGAAUUAAAAGGAAAUAUUAGAGUAUAUUGUCGACUUAGACCAUUUCUUCCUGGACAAAAGGAAAAACAAUCUAUUGUGGAACACAUUGGUGAAACAGACUUGGUUGUGGCAAAUCCCGCCAAACAAGGAAAAGAAGCACUUAGAACAUUUAAGUUCAACAAGGUCUUUGGCCCAACCUCAACUCAAGCUGAGGUGUAUGCUGACAUACAAGCCUUUAUACGAUCAGUACUUGAUGGGUUUAAUGUAUGUAUAUUUGCUUAUGGCCAGACUGGUUCAGGGAAAACUUACACAAUGAGUGGUCCAAAUGGUGCAACAACUGAGAGUCUUGGUGUUAACUAUCGAGCUCUUAAUGACCUCUUUAGCAUAUCCACAAGUAGAAAAGGCUCCAUAGAGUAUGACAUUGGGGUUCAAAUAAUUGAGAUAUAUAAUGAACAAGUGCGUGACUUGUUAUCAACUGAUGCUUCUUCAAAAAAACUUGGGAUAUUAAGUCACUCUCAACCAAAUGGAUUAGCAGUACCUGAUGCUACAAUGCAACCUGUGAAAUCAACUUCAGAUGUCAUUAAGCUAAUGGACAUUGGCCUAAAAAAUAGAGCCAAGGGUUCCACUGCUAUGAAUGAAAGAAGUAGUCGUUCUCACAGUGUGGUCUCAAUUCAUGUUCAUGGGAAGGAUAAGAAGUCUGGUUCUUCUCUUCAAGGUAAUCUUCAUUUGGUAGAUUUGGCAGGAAGUGAAAGGGUAGAUCGCUCUGAAGUAACUGGGGAUAGACUUAAGGAAGCACAACAUAUUAACAAAUCAUUAUCUGCCCUUGGAGAUGUCAUUUUUGCUCUUGCUCAAAAAACCUCCCAUGUACCAUACAGAAACAGCAAGCUUACUCAACUUCUGCAAUCAUCUCUUGGUGGUCAGGCCAAGACACUCAUGUUAGUCCAAAUUAAUUCAGAUUUAAAGUCUUUUUCUGAAUCUCUAAGUACUUUAAAGUUUGCUGAGAGGGUUUCUGGAGUUGAGUUAGGUGCUGCUAAAAGUACCAAAGAUGGUAGAGACGUCAGAGAAUUAAUGGAGCAGGUGUCUUCCCUUAAGGACACUAUUUUGGUUAAAGACAAGGAGAUUGAGAAGCUACAAUUACUUAAGGAUCUGAAAAAUGUUUAUCCUAGUGUCAAUUCUGAGAAUCCUGAAACUACCUCUGAAUGAGUUAUGGAUUCUAUUUUUCCAAUCAAAGGCUUAUUUGGAAAGAAAAACAACAAAAGCAUAAAUGGAAGUAGUAAGAACUUU